CAAAACUGUAUCAGUUCCCUCCAGAGCUCUAAGGAACCAACAAAAUAAACAAAAUGAACGCCUUGAUCCUUGCCGCUUUCACCAUCUUGGCCGCCGCCGCCACCGCCUCCGGCUCCAUCCACGGUUUAGGUCUUGGUCUCGGUCACGCCGUAGGUGUAGUAAACCCCCACGCCCUUAGCCCAGUAGGACCUUCUGGAAUCGUCACCGGACAUGGAGCUUCUGGACCAUCCGGCGUGGUGACCGGAGCUGGUGCCGCUGGACCUUCUGGAAUCGUCACUGGAGCUGGACCAAUUGGACCCACUGGACCAGCUGGACAUGGUCACGGAUACGGCUAUGGACACGGUUUGGUGGCUGCUCCCGUUGUAGCCGCUGCUCCUCUCUCAGCUGCCCCAUGGGCUGCUGCUGGACUUGGACAUGGUGCAUGGGGUCUUGGUGGUCAUGGACUCGGUUUGGGAGGUCAUGGACUCGGUUUGGGAGGUCAUGGACUCGCUUUGGGAGGUCAUGGACUCGCCUUGGGCGCUCAUGGGCAUGGAUGGUAACUGUUGGAGAAAGUUG